UCUUCGCCAGGCCCUCCCUCAUCACCCCCUCCCCCCCGCACCUUCCCCCGCCGGCCGCCCACGCGCGUGUGACUUGUAAAUAGAAAACGAAAAGAAAAUAGUAAUAUAGCGCGUAUGGCAGGCUAUAAUGACGGCUUCUGCAAUCGUCUGUGCAUAAGAAAAUCUUUGGAACAGGAAGGCGCCGCAUACCACCAAUUGUCGGUUCCCCUGCGGCUUCAGGAGGGGCUAAAUCACGUUACGAGGAACCACAUGACGGUCCAUGAGGCUCUAUGAUACCUACCGGAAUCUACAUGACGUCACGAUAACGGAACAAAGAAGUAGAGAAAAGGCGAAAGGAUGACCAGUGUAGGUUUUGUCCUACACCUUACAUUGGUGUUCUGUCUGUCAGUCAGAGGAUGUACGGCUAAUGGAAUUUGGGACGCUGAUGGACAUCCUACACUUCAGGGAUUCGACGUGAACAUCCGGGAGGAUCCGGCAGCCCUCGGGGGACCUCAUGGAACCCACGACCCCCGUCAUGGCGAAAGCGAGUUCAGCGGAACAAACACAAUCCACGCCAUCGGCUCGGGCAUCUUUAGGCGGUUCUUUACUAGCGCAGGGUCAUUACGUCAAGCCAGAGAUAUCAAUUCGUUAAGUGAACGUCUGGCAGACAUACUCUUGCUCUUGCUGAAUGAUCCGAAUCUAAAUAGAAGCAAGAGACACAGCCAGACGAAGGACGACAAAGGAUCGAAUUUCGAAGCACGGAACAGGUCCUUCUCUGGCCAAUCUGUCGCCGAUGCCAGAUUCGCCUUCUUCCCUUCCUUCGACACAUGGCUGGGCGAGUUCAAGUCCACCUUCCAGAGGGAUAUGAUUUUCAACGUCGCUAAAGUCGGGGGAAUCGCUUUCCUGUACUAUUUCGCGCCCGGUGUCCUCACAUGGAUAGAAUCAACAUUCGGGUUCUGAGGCGCUCGUCCGAAUCUCAGGGUCGAAGCAGCGACACACACACAAAUCUUUAAAACGAACAGCAUGCUUGUGUUUUACAGUUUAGUACAUAAUUCAGGAACGUCGUGUAGCCUGAGACAUACCUAAGUUUCUGUUAACCGUGACUCCAGCCAGAUGGUCCGUGAACAAACCUUGAACAUCAUAAAGCUUCAGUCGUCCGUGGAGUGAUUGUGGCCCAUGGUGAGUCAGAGGCCGUCUCUGGCUAUAAUACGAUGACUCAUUUGAACAGUGGAAAAAGCUGUUAUAACUUGGGUCAGGUUCUUAUAGAAUACCACGAAGACUACAAAAGAGAAGAGAGUGAUAAACAAUGUAGUAAAUUAAUGCAGCGUUGUGUUUAAAAGGGAAAACCAAAAACUAUUGUGUGAUAAGAGUGCGUAGCCAACGAUGAAUUUUGUCGGUGUUUCCCAAUAAAGAAGUGUGAAUGAAAACGGAAAAGUGAUACUAUUGUGUCGCUCUUUUUUGCCUUGUUUGUGAUUGCUGCUUAAUGACAAAUAGUGAAAGAAAAAACA